AGUCGCCACAAUCAGCGUCAGUCAGUUUCUGACAAUCAGAGUGUUUGCAAGUGCCGCGGAACGACCGACAAUGAAGUACGCUAAUCUCUGGGCUAGCUGCGCCUGCUUGCUGCUCCUUCAACUAGAGAUGGGAGCCGCAAGAGCCACCGUCAGCGUACCCAGCGAGUCUCUCUACAACAUGGCCCGGGGAAUGGGCCUAGAUGCUGCUGGCCUGGACGAAAUUUGGCGCACUAGACAGCCGUUGGUUACCACAAAGCAGGGGGAGGCCGGAGAGCAGACUAGAGUGACCUACGAGCUAAGUCCCGAUCGCACAGCGCUGUCCAUGCACAGGCUCACGGAGAAGUCGACACCGGCUAGGAUAGAGGCUAGUGCCACCUCGCUCUCCAAGCCGCAAGAAGAAGAAUGGGAGUACGUGCCUAAUCCCGCCCGGCUCCCAGCUUCCCGGUUUCCCGAGCAAAAUUUUGGUUUCGACAGCUCCGAUAAUACCUUCGGUGAUCCGUUUGGCAGCGGGUUCCCCCACUCAUCGCUUUUCCCCAGGUGGGGGCUUCCUGAGGGAGUAACACCUCGAUUCGAGACCAAAACGGAGUUGGACGACCAAGGUCGAAGGGUGACGACAACCACCAGCACCUAUAGCGGUCCUCUUUCCCCCGGACACAGUUUCUUCAACUCGCUAUUCCCCGAUAUCUCCAGAGCACCCGGUCCCAUUCAACCCGAAAACACUCCCCAGGCACAGAGCCCGCCCGUUGGAGCCUUUCCCUCGCUGCCAGCCGGAACGUUCUUCAGAAAACCCGCCUUUCUGCCGCCACUGAAUCCUUCGAGCCCUAGUGAUCACACAGAGCCCACCUGGGUUCCAGUGCAAGACCCGACUACCACCCAGAGACCGGUGGAUCUACUCCCCCCGGCUAGUGGCGCUGAGACAGACUCUACCAUUGACGACUUUCUGGCCAGGGUGAACAUCUCUGCCGCGGAAAUCGAGGAGAAGAACGGGGAGCUCGUCAAGACGAUCGUGGAUAAGAACGGAAGAGUGCUGACCGUGAGGUUUGUGCUGAGCACUGUCAAGGGGGACCCGGAGAAGCCCAAGCAGGAGGAGCCCACCAAGUAAAUCAUUUCUAAUUUCCAUUGGUUAAAGCUUUGAUUGUUACUCUAGUAUAUAAUCAAGAAAUGUGGAUUAAAGCUUAUAGUAAACAAAUUAGAAAAAUAAAAA